CUAAAGUUACGAUGGACUAGUCCAGUUUGAAACGAAGGCGCGCAAGGCGCGCAGAACAUCACGUUACGGGAGAGUCUGAAGAAGCCGGAGGUUCCUGACGCGCCCAAACACCUGGUGACGCCGGGAGACGUCAUCACAACGGACACGGGAUACAUGAGCUGAGAACAAGACUGUGGCUACUACGACUACCAUGGCUGAAAUGGAAUCAUUGGACUAUAACAGUGACCUUGGCAGCUAUGUAAGAAUGGAGGACAGAACAUUCCACGAGGAUGACUGCUCUCGCUACAAAGAUGUCAGCCAAUGUGAUAAGGUCCUUGCCGAGCUUAACAGCCAGCGCCAUUGUGGAGAUUUUCUUGAUUUCGUGGUAAAGGUCCAGAAUGUGGAAUUCCCUUGUCAUCGGGCUGUGUUGGCGUCUACGCCGUACUUUAAAGUCAUGUUUUCCUCUAGCUUCACCGAAAGAAGGUCAAAGAACGUGCAACUGCAUGGGAUUGACUCUGAUGGCUUCUCCAAGAUCCUGGACUUUCUGUAUACUGGUGAAAUCUGCAUCACUCAAGACGACAUUCACGACAUUCUGCAGGCAGCUCACAUGCUGCAAGUUGACAAGAUCACGGAGUAUUGCCAAACAUUCAUCGAAGAGAGGUAUGAUCUGUCAAACUGCCUGAGUGCCAUGCGGCUCUCUGACCUGUAUGGGUUUUCUGGCUUGAGGGAACAAGCCAGGAAAGACACUUUGUCUAACUUCUAUGAGAUAUCGCAAAGUGAAGAAUUUUUUACUCUUUCGGGACAGGAGCUCUUGGAUCUACUAACAGACAAAAAACUGCGUGUUACGGAUGAAGAAAGUAUUGUUGAUGCAGUGAUCCGAUGGCUCGAUCAUGAUCCGGAAAACCGCAGGACAGUGGUAAUCACCAUAUUUCAGGAGAUCCGCCUGAUGUCCGUGAGAGUCAGUACGCUAAAGAAGCUAGAGUUGCAUUCUGUGAUACAAGAUUCUCCUGGAUGUCUGGCAAUGGUCACAGGAGCCAAGGAGAAACAUCUCGCUGGCGCCACUUUGUGGCAAGUAAGUGCAGGAGCAGAGUUAGAUGAGCCCAAAGUUAGACAAAGACUCGGUACCUCAGACGACCUGGCAUUUCUUGUUGGUGGUUGCAUGAUAGGAGAGGGAAGUGAUGCUGGACUGAUGACACCCUUGCAAAGUGUGAUGUGCUUGGAUCCGGACACUGAGCAAUACUACCUUGUCACUGCCCUACCAAUGCACAUUACAGGCUAUAUGAGUGUCACAAGUGCAGAAAGAUGCCUGUAUGUGACAGGUGGGCGUGCCUAUCCUUUGCCCUACGCCCCUGACAGUGUACCAUUGAGGCAGGCAUUUUGGUACGACUUCGUCACAAACGCUUGGACAAAGUUACCCGACAUGCCUCUGGGUAGGGCAGGACACCAGUCAGUCGUCGCUGAUGGGAAACUGUUCCUGGUUGGAGGCGACAUUGACAACACGUCUACAUUCAGCAUGGAUUGUUACGAUCUUAAAGAACAAGCUUGGAUCGUGCCACCCACGUUGCCAGAAAUAGCCUCUUUAGACUUAACUGUAACAGCCUGCAACGUGUUUUCGUGA